AGAUCAAACCGGACGUACGAGAUUGACAAACGGAAGUAAAUAGUCGUGUGAAAAAAGCUAAUCAGAAAUGAAAAGAAGGCUGUGAAAACACCGGGUUCACUCCGCAGGAACAUUAACGUGAACGGACACGUUAAUGUUCGGCGUCACUUCACUGUCAGAGUGGGUUCAGUCAUUUAAUCCAGAAAACAUCGAGGGCAACUGGACGAACCCAACUUCACAGAGGGGUCGAUAUUAAAUGUCCGUGACGAUGGAGUCCAGUCAGAGAUCACGGCUGUCGGAGCUGGUGGAGGAGCUGACCACGUCUGGACAGCCGCAACUCAACCAGGCCAAGAUCAAGGAAGUGAAAAAGAUCUGCAGAACAUCCAAUGACUGCGUGGAGCACCUCUACCACUUGGUGAUGACGCAGCUGAACGAGGAGCACAGCGAGGUCCGACUGUCGGCCUUCCAGAUCGCCACGGAGCUUUUCUCCAGGUCGCACCACUUUAGGAUGCUGUUAGUGGAAAACUUCCAGGAGUUCUUGGAGCUGACCGUAGAAACAGACUCAGACCAACCGCUGCCCCCUCCUAAAGAAGUGGCCAAGAAACUGAGGUCACAGGCGAUCCAGACGGUCCAGACCUGGCAGUCCACUUAUGGAGCAGCCUAUAAAAAGCUGGCUCUGGGUUAUCACUUCCUGAAGCAGGUGAAGAAGGUGGACUUCCAGGACGCUGAGGCCCGCACUGUAGCAGAGAGGAGGAGGGAGGAGGAGAGGCGAAGGAGACUGGAGAGGCUGUACAAAGACAAGGUGGAGGCAGCGACCAAAGACAUGGACGAAUCCUUCCCAGAAAUCCAGGCCACGCUGACGCAGAUGGAGUCCUGCAUGGACCUUCUGUUUCCUCAGUUUGAACUUCCAAACAUCCAGUCUGUCAGCAGCAGCCCUUCAAACCGCCAACCAGUCAACAAACGGCCCCGCCACGAGGAACCGCCCCACCACGAGGAACCGCCCCGCCACGAAGAACCGCCCCACUGCAGCACAGAUGUUGGCCAAUGUUACAGCAAAGACAAAAAUAGGAAGGAGAGCCGUGAGGAGAGGAGGACGAAGGACGUUAGGGUGAAGGAAACAAGUGAAGGUGACAAAGAGGAAGGAGACGAAGGGGAGACUGAGAGGAAACAAGAAACAGAUGAGAGAGAGGAGAAGGAGGAAGAUGAAGAGAGUGAUGAAGAGGAAGGAGAAGAGGAUUGUGAUGAAGAAGACUUCUUCAUGAGAAGCUCUGGACUCAUUUCUUACUCCUACAGUCUGGACCUGAACCUCAGUCCUGGUUUACAUGUGGAAGAAACGGAGGACAACGAGGCCGUUGUUUCCACGGUGAUGGACCUCCACAGACUGAUCACCACCAAAUAUCUUCCAGCUGUUCAGGGCUGGGUGCAGGUCUUCACUAAGGCCGGUGCAGAGCAGCAGCUGUUGAGGAGAGCGCUGGAUGUGAAGCGGUCGUUAGAAGCUGCCCUGCAGAAAGAACAGGAGCUGAACAUCCACUCCAAGACCAGAAUCCGUAGAGUGAUGAAGUCAGUGAACGGAGAGAGCAGAGUGGACGAUGAAGAUGAUGAAGAUGAUGAUGAUGAUAACUUUGAUGAGGUCCCAGAGAAAGAGGGGUAUGAGCCUCACAUCCCAGAACAUCUGAGGGCAGAAUAUGGUUUGGAGCCCACUCCGUCCACGUCCACAGCCCCCGUACCUCCUCUCUCCUCCUCCUCCUCCUCCUCCUCCUCUUCAAGACAAUUACAAAAACUGAAAGACGAGGAGCAGGAUCCAACGUGUGCCGCUGCCACGCUGCGACUCCUCAGACAGAACCUCCCCCUGUCCACAGAGCCCAGCACCAGCAGCUCAUCACAGAAGACGUCCGUCCACGCUCCUGUGGUUCCAUUUGGUUUGGAUCUGUACUACUGGGGCCAGAAGCAGCCCAAUGCUGGCAAGAUCAUCAAAGCGGCCUCUCAGCAUCAGUUCUGGGUUCCCACUGAGGUGGAGGAGGAGGUGGAGAACCAGCAGCUGCUGGCAGAGAGCAGGAGCAGAGUCAUCUCUUUCCCGGGAAGCUUCCCUCCUGUCAGUCACCACUGUGGGGCUCCACUGCCCCCUGGGGGCGUGUGUCAGAGACAGGACCGACUCAAGUGUCCUUUCCACGGACCAAUCAUUCCUCGGGAUAAGGAGGGUCGGCCACUCAGACAGGAGGACCGACGGAGGGAGGAGCAGGAGGAGAGGAGGAAGAAGGAGCAGCAGCCUGACUGGCGUGAUGAAGAGCUGAUGCGUGACAUUGAAGCGGCCACUGGGGAAAACCUGGGCUCCGACCGCGUCCGUAGAAAAGGGAAAGGGAAGAAGAAAAAGUUUCCAAACCUCAGUGAUCUGAAGCAGAGCUCCGACACGUCUCGUUCCCGCCUCCAGAGAAAAGUCUUCAACAAGAGCUCCAUGCGCAGAGUGGCUGAGGUGAUGAAGACGGCCGACAGCAGGAAACACGACAAGUUCUCCAACCAGUUCAACUACGCCCUCAACUGAGUCCAACAACAACAACAACAACAACAACAACAACGUCAGCCUCCGACUGAGUCACUCCAGCCUCAGUGUCCUGUUUAUUUUCACCACUGGGGGCAGCCAUUGGAAUUUUUAUAUCAAUCCACACCUGAGUUCAGUUUGGAGAUAGAACCCACUGGGUCCAAUAGCCCAGGAUUGGUGGUAGGGGAGCUGUACGGUACGGUACGGUACGGUACGGUAGAGUUUGACCCGUUACACAGUGUGGGUUAGGGUUUGUGUGUGGGUGGAGUCAGUGUUCAAGGAUCUGUCAAUCAAAGUCUGAGAAAUAAAAAGUCACCCACAUAAAA